CGAGAUCGAAUAUUCCAAGUCGCACUAAGCGCACCACAGUCAAGGGAUCACGCACGAAGACACAGAGGGUUUCCACCGUACAAAAGAUCUUCCCGUUCGGCCACUCACCGGUCAGAUCAAUUUGAUAAUCGCUUGCAGCAGCACGCAGAAAGUGAUCACUAUAAAAUAGGUGGUGUUGAAAUUGAGUGCAAGUGAAAAUAUUUAAUAGUCAGUAGUAAAUCUCUGCAUCGAAAAGAUCAUUGCCAAGCAUAAGCAAACGACACACAGCAGUUAUGAGUUUCCUCAGUGCAUGCAGUUUGGCACGUAUCUACGCUACCAGCGGUCGUCAGCUAGGAACCGGUUUUAUUGCACGUUUGCAACAGUCACAGACGGUCGCCUGCUCAUCAUCCAGUUCGGUCCAACCUAAGGAACCCCCGAAGGCACCCACGCCGACGGCGGGUAGCUCUGCUCAGGACACCAACAUCAGCUCCCGAACGCAUCGUCCGAAUGACUUCGAAAAACGACUUCUUGUAUUCACCAAGAAAUACAAAACCACCGAGGAAAUUCCUCAGUACAUCAAUCAAGAUGUGAUGGAACGAUGCCGUAACCAGGUGCGCAUCAAAAUCGCCAACUACAUGAUGCUGGCGACGGCCAUCGGGUGCAUCAUCAUGGUAAUCAGCGGCAAGAAGGCCCAGGAACGGGGCGAUUCCGUGCAAAAGAUGAAUCUCGAGUGGCACAAGGAGUACAACGAGAAGGCUCGGCAAGAAGUCGCAGACGCGCCGAAGAACUAAACCGGGUGCUGCAGUCGAAUUGGUUUCCAGUUUGUCGACGAAUAAGGAGUUUAUUUUUCCUAGUAUUAAGGAUUCUUCAAUCGUGAUCAUACAGUUUUGUCAUCUUUUAGUCAUGUUCAUGGAACGGAUCACACUCAGCGGUUAAGCGAAGCAAAUCACGAAAAGGCAGAAAAUAGAUAUACACGUGUACCACAAAGAUAUAUUGUAAAAAAAAAACAAUACUAACCACUGAAUGACGCUUCUGAAAUAUAAAAUGUGCCGUUGAUAUUAAAACA